AUGGAAGAUAACUAUACAACAUGGGUCCAAUCCAUGAGCAUGGCCCUAACCAUCAAGAACAAGAAAGGUUUUGUUGAUGGAACUUUCAACAGAUCAGCUGACAACCCUGAUGAACAAAGGCAAUGGGAUCGUUGCAACACGCUUGUCAAAACUUGGCUGCUAGGAGCCAUAUCGAAGGAAAUUUCGGGCAGUGUGAUUCUUUGCAAAGAUGCAAGAGGUAUGUGGCUUGAAUUACAAGAAAGAUUUUCUCAUACUAACACGGUUCAACUGUUUCACAUUAAGAAUGCAAUCCAUGAUUGUGAACAAGGCACGAACUCGGUCACAUCUUUUUUCACAAAGCUCAACGGGCUUUGGGAUGAGAAGGAUGCACUUUAUGCAUUUCCUCCUUGCAGUUGCAACACAGCCACAGAAGUGAAGACUUACAUGGAGACACAAAAGACAGUGAAGUUCUUGAUGGGGCUCAGCGACAACUAUGCGACGAUACGAAGCAACAUAAUAGGGAUGGAUCCUCUCCCUAGUGGGCAUAUGCAAUGGCUUUGCGUCAUGAGAAACAAGCAGAGGUUUCUAGUGGGAAGUCCAUAG